CCUCGCGAAACACUUUGACAUAAGAACUUAAAAAUGAGAUCCGACAACUUGAAGGGAUUCUUCAAAAGGAAACAAAACAGGUGCCAAGCAACGAAUCUGUGGGUGGUACCUAUCAGAUGAAAUCGUGAUGAGAUAAUGGCAUAUAAAUCGCCAGUGAGUCCAAGAGACUACCAGAUAAUUUUGGACAACAUAACUAAACCAACAAUCGCCAGUAAAGCAGCACAUUGCGAAUUUGACGCACAAGAUGCUCAUAUUGAUUAUAUACUGAGGAGUGAUCCUGUUUACCGCAAAGUAAAAUCGCCAAGACCAGUUCAUGACUCUGAUAUUGAUAAAAUAGUAAAUCGUGUUACCACACCAACAGUGGCAAGCUGUGUUGGCCGAAGGAACUUUAACCAACAGGCACAGCAUUUCCAGUACCUUUAUAAGACAGAUUAUAAGUUUGGUCGACAUAAAAGAGCAAACAGCGCCAAGGAAGUUUCUAAUAUUACAUGUAGAAUUCGCUCUUCAACAAUCGCAAGUCAAAACAGGGAGAUUAAAUACGACAUUCAUAGUCACUAUAGUAACCACUCCAGCCGUAGUCUCCCAGACAUUGCCAUGUCAACUGAUGACAAUAACAAGCCAACUUUGCAAGGAAAAGGUUACAUGUCAGGUUAUGACCGUCACUACGGAGGACUGAUGACGGUAAAUCCUGGUGAAAUGAAAGAUAUUGUCACUAGACUUACAAAACCUACAGUCGCAAGUGAGGGAGGAAAGGCCUAUGAGAACAAAACAUUUGUCUAUGUACCUACUCCAAAAUUAAAAACUCUGCCAGUAAUCGCUGGCUUAGAGACUAGAUAUCUGGGUGGGAAGAAAGUUAGUAAACAGGAAUUUGAAGAGAUUAUCAGCAGAUUGACAAGACCAACGAAGGCCACACAGGGCCCAGCACCUACCUGGGCCAAACGACCCGCAACCAGAUGAAGCUAGUUUAUCUAUAUAAGCCUUGCUCAUUUUGUCAUGCGAGAAUGGAUUAAAAAGCAUUUCAUAUGAACACAAGAUCUGGGUGAUGUUAAAAGGUGGUUAGAGCUCAUAUAAAAAUCAGAAAAAUCAGAAUUGUAAAAAUUCACCUAAAUUAUGGCAAUGAUCGAUAAGCCAAUGAUCACAGAUGGAAUACGAAAAACCAUAUAGCAACAAAUAGACUAACAAAUGAUACCGAAUAAAUGCUGAAUAUGUAGAUGAGAUAUAUCAAACAAUGAUGACCAAUCGUGAAGGUGAUGAAGGAAUAUUAUAACCUUUAAUUUUAAUUACAAAAUCAGCAUGUACAUUGGAGGACAUGAAGCAAAUUUAAUAUACGAGUUCUAGUGAUUUUUUCUUGCAUAUUGCUGCCGUACCUCGAAAUUCUCUCUAGUGUAGGUCCUG